AUGAAGUUUCCUAAUAUUGCGAUAAGUUUUGCUGUGCUCAGCGAACUUCGGGACUUGGCAUGCGUCUCUGCUCUCACAGUCUUUGCUCCUUCAGAUGGUCCAGUCUAUUCCCUGGGUAUUCCUCCGACAACGGUUUCGGCUGGCACCGGAAAUAUAUAUUUCCAGCUCAGCGCACCAGAUACAUAUCAAUGGGCUGCACUAGGUAUUGGGCGCACCAUGGCCGGUGCAUAUAUGUAUAUAAUGUAUAGCGACGGCAAGGGAAACGUCACUAUUAGUGCGAGGGCUGGAGGACAAGGUCAUGUAGAGCCAAAAGUUACUGGAGGACCAGGAGGCCAGGUGCAAUUGCUUGCGGGUAGUGGAAUUACCGGAGGAGUGAUGACAGCGAAUGUUCUGUGUACGAACUGCCCUCUUCCAUCCACAACAUCCACCGCUUCACCAUGGAUCGCGGCUUGGCACUUGGGCUCUCCGAUCGACGGUACUUCGACCUCGUAUACUAUAAACCAACACGACGAUAGCAGCUACCGUCAAUUUACCUAUGACCUCACAACUGCUGUAAUUGGAACGGAUGAGAACCCAUUUCUAUCUAAUGGUACAACUACACCCAUGUCGGGAAGUGGAAGUGAAGAGCAUGGAAUGUCGGCCUCCACACUCAACGCCUAUAGUAUUGCCCAUGGCACUAUAAUGAGUAUUACCAUGAUUAUUCUCUUCCCGCUAGGGGCAAUACUCAUGACUAUGUUUGGAAAGUGGUGGAUUCACGCAGCGUUUCAAACAUUCAGUUUGGUGAUGCUGAUUGCUGGUUUCGGAUUAGGUGUCAAGUUGGCAAUGUCCAAGGACUAUCUAUUCAAGAAUGAAGGAAAAACGCAUACAAGCUCUGGUCUAGCUCUUUUUGUCCUCUUAAUUAUUCAAGCUAUCAUGGGCGUCAUUCAUCACCUCGCUUACCGAAAACAACACGUUAAAGGAUUUCUGGGAUAUAUACAUAUUUGGUAUGGCCGCUCUUUACUCAUUUUGGGAAUCAUCUGUGGUGGCUUGGGAUUGCAAUUGGCAAGAAACACGAAAGGUGGUGAGAUUGUUUAUGGACUUUUGGCGGGGCUGGUUGCCAUGUCUUAUUUUACGAUAUUGGCGUUGAAGACUAUGGGAAAGUUUGUGGACAAUAAAGCGAUAAAGAGUGGAAGUGGAGAGGAAGGAAGAAACACUGAAGAAAGAAUCCCUAUGAAGGGUAGGAUACCGGCGACGAUCAAGCAUAGUAGCGAGCGAGUUCCGGCGACUAGUCGCUUAUAA